UCAUAUCUACAAUUCAGCGACAGUCAGCAAGAAUGGUCGCUGAUUCGAUGGCAACUAAGUCAGUACACCUACUACAGUUAUCAGAUCGACUAGGGAACGCAUUCAUUAGUAAUAGCAUUUUUCGAAUAAGACCAACCAGCGCGCGAAGAAUUCCUAAUUUAAUUAUAUCAAUUUCACAUAGUGAUUAUAAUGUGACAAAAUGAAGCACAAAGGGUUUUCGUUUAUCUUGUGCUUGGGAUUGAUCGCUGCAUGCUGCUGUUUGUGCUCUGCCGAAGAUGAUUUUCAUGAAUUUGUGAAUCGCGAAGAAGAGGCUCUGGUACACUGUGUGCAUGAUUCAGCCCCACGAUUUGGUAAAAGAAUAUGUGACUGUGGAUAUCGCAAUGAAGACUUUGUAACACCACAAUUCGAUGGAAGCACAACGGAAAUCGAAAUAGCGAAUUGUAAAUCGCUUCGAGUUCGAAGGGAAACAUUCUCACAGCUGUUCCAGUUGACUAAACUGACCAUCAUCAACGUAGAAGACCUAGUACUGGAAUCGAGUUCCUUAGAUUUUACCCGUGAUGCACCUUCAGCCCGAUUGAAAAUCGAGCUUAUUAAUAACGCAAUCGAAGAAGUACCAUCCCAUUUGGUAAAAGGACCCAUAGCGGAGAUAUCUUUCAUUCGCUGUCGAAUUGGUGUUUUCAAACCGUUCAGUAUAGCAAGUGUUCACGAGCAGUUGUACAGUCUGAAGAUUGUAGAAAGUCUCAUCAACAGGAUUGAACGCCAUGCGUUCAAACGAUUCGAAGUUAGCCAGCUCACGCUGAAUGGAAGCAAAUUCAUAUCAUCGAUACCCUCUCAAAGCUUCUACGAGGUAGAAGUUUUAGAAAGCUUCCUCAUCACAAACUGCUCAUUCAAUGCAAUUCUUCCUAGUGCAUUUGCUUUCAAAAAUGUCACCAAACUGAACAUUAGAAAUAACGAAUUUAAUGAUGCUGCUGGAGAGUCCUUUGUUCUGCAGAUCAAGAAAAGUGUUUCGAUUGUCGGAAACUAUUUCGCAAAAAUUGAGGAUACGGUUCUGAGAGGCAUAAAUCUGGAUAGUUCCUACUACAGUCGAAACUCCGAACGACCAACGUUGCAAUUUCACAACAAUAGAAUAGGACGAAUAAACGGCGAGAAGCUGCUGAUAUUUUCGGACGAUUUUGAUGUGAACUUCAGAGCCAUCUACGUCGAACAAAGCAUCGACUGUAGCCAAAUGAUUACACUAAAAGAGUCCAGUAUCCUGGCGAACCAUCCGGAUGAAAUAUAUUUCGGUUCGUCUCACGAUGGAAACGAUUUCAAAUCCUUCCAAGAUAUCAAACGGUUCCGAUGCGCCGAGGACAGGUUUUGGUUCUUUCUCAUCAUUGGCGCUGUUGCAGGCUCAAUAGUAUUAGUUAUCAUCGCGUUACUAGUAUCGUGGUACUGUGUGGCACAGAAGAGAAAGAAACAACGCAAACUGCAAGUAGUUAUGCCAGAACCUCGAACUUACCGGGAAACUCAAAUAGUAAUGCAAAUAGAGAAUCACGGUCUGUUGAAAACAGAUCUCUGAAUAAAAUAAUCGUCAAAAAUAGGCUGCUGAUAUUGUAAGAUACACGUGUAAAUAGAAAAUUACAGUUAUGACAAAUAAA